CCUCCAGCGCUGGCAGCCUGCGGGCGGCGGAGGGAGGCCAGAGCGCGGAUGCCUGCCGGUGGGCCGGGCCUGACCGCUGCGUGGGAGGCGGGCUGCAUUAUUUCCCGCUAGGGCCGCGCUCCAGGGGAGGAAGGGGCCAGACACGGCCCUCUCAGCCCCGAACGGCGCGCGCUGCCCGGCGGGCGGGAUCCGGGCGCGGCCGAGGCGGCGGCGCUGCACCCCGGGCCUGGGAGCGCGCGCGUGGGCGGGGGCCCGCGCGACUCCCCCGGGGGCCUCUCCCACGCUCCGCGCCCCGCCCCACCCUUCCUUCCUUCCUCCCCUCGGCGCUCCCGGGAGCGCUCGGCAGACGCCCGAGCUUUGUGGGCGCCCGCGGGCCCAGCGCGAGCCUCGGGCGGCCCAACUUUGCCUCUCCCGGCCCGCUCCCGAGCGGGACUUGUGAGGCGUGGCCGGGUGGAGGAGGCGCUUGCGGGGGCGUGGGGCUCCCCGGCAGGCGGGAGGCACGGAGCGAGUCGCACUGGACAAUGAGCUGGGCAGCUCGGCGCUGCGGACACUUUUAGCUGAGGGCGCGGGCGGGUCGGCUCCUCCGCGGCUCCUCGGCCCCACCUGCGCGGAGAGGGCGGGAUGCCAGAGCCAGGUGUCCCGGCGCGUUAAGGGCACUCGCAGUCAGACGUCCCUGCACCGGCGCUCGCACCCUUAGUCGGCCCGGAACGUCUUUUUGCGGACGCCCUCGGAGCAGCCGCGAUGGCCAGCACCAGGAGUAUCGAGCUGGAGCACUUUGAGGAACGGGACAAAAGGCCGCGGCCGGGGUCGCGGAGAGGGGCCCCCAGCUCCUCCGGGGGCAGCAGCAGCUCCGGCCCCAAGGGGAACGGGCUCAUCCCCAGUCCGGCGCACAGUGCCCACUGCAGCUUCUACCGCACGCGGACCCUGCAGGCCCUCAGCUCGGAGAAGAAGGCCAAGAAGGCGCGCUUCUACCGGAACGGGGACCGCUACUUCAAGGGCCUGGUGUUUGCCAUCUCCAGCGACCGCUUCCGGUCAUUCGAUGCGCUCCUCAUAGAGCUCACCCGCUCCCUGUCGGACAACGUGAACCUGCCCCAGGGUGUCCGCACUAUCUACACCAUCGACGGCAGCCGGAAGGUCACCAGCCUGGACGAGCUGCUGGAAGGUGAGAGUUACGUGUGUGCAUCCAAUGAACCAUUUCGUAAAGUCGAUUACACCAAAAAUAUUAAUCCAAACUGGUCUGUGAACAUCAAGGGUGGGACAUCCCGAGCCCUGGCUGCUGCCUCCUCUGUGAAAAGUGAAGUAAAAGAAAGUAAAGAUUUCAUCAAACCCAAGUUAGUGACUGUGAUUCGAAGUGGAGUGAAGCCUAGAAAAGCCGUGCGGAUCCUUCUGAAUAAAAAGACUGCUCAUUCCUUUGAACAAGUCUUAACAGAUAUCACCGAAGCCAUUAAACUAGACUCAGGAGUCGUCAAGAGGCUCUGCACCCUGGAUGGAAAGCAGGUUACUUGUCUGCAAGACUUUUUUGGUGAUGACGAUGUUUUUAUUGCAUGUGGACCAGAAAAAUUCCGUUAUGCCCAAGAUGACUUUGUCCUGGAUCAUAGUGAAUGUCGUGUCCUGAAGUCAUCUUAUUCUCGAUCCUCAGCUGUUAAGUAUUCUGGAUCCAAAAGCCCUGGGCCCUCUCGACGCAGCAAAUCACCAGCUUCAGUAAAGCGGGGUGGCCACUACUCCAGUGCCUAUUCUACAGCCAAAUCCCCAGUUAAUGGAACUCCCAGCAGCCAACUUUCUACUCCUAAAUCUACGAAAUCCUCCAGUUCCUCUCCAACUAGUCCAGGAAGUUUCAGAGGAUUAAAGCAGAUUUCUGCUCAUGGCAGAUCUUCUUCCAAUGUAAACGGUGGACCUGAGCUUGACCGUUGCAUAAGUCCUGAAGGUGUGAAUGGAAACAGAUGCUCUGAAUCAUCAACUCUUCUUGAGAAAUACAAAAUUGGAAAGGUCAUUGGUGAUGGCAAUUUUGCAGUAGUCAAAGAGUGUAUAGACAGGUCCACUGGAAAGGAGUUUGCCCUAAAGAUUAUAGACAAAGCCAAAUGUUGUGGAAAGGAACACCUGAUUGAGAAUGAAGUGUCAAUACUGCGCCGAGUGAAACAUCCCAAUAUCAUUAUGCUGGUCGAGGAGAUGGAAACAGCAACUGAGCUCUUUCUGGUGAUGGAAUUGGUCAAAGGUGGAGAUCUCUUUGAUGCAAUUACUUCGUCGACCAAGUACACUGAGAGAGAUGGCAGUGCCAUGGUGUACAACUUAGCCAAUGCCCUCAGGUAUCUCCAUGGCCUCAGCAUCGUGCACAGAGACAUCAAACCAGAGAAUCUCUUGGUGUGUGAAUAUCCUGAUGGAACCAAGUCUUUGAAACUGGGAGACUUUGGGCUUGCGACUGUGGUAGAAGGCCCUUUAUACACAGUCUGUGGCACACCCACUUAUGUGGCUCCAGAAAUCAUUGCUGAAACUGGCUAUGGCCUGAAGGUGGACAUUUGGGCAGCUGGUGUGAUCACAUACAUACUUCUCUGUGGAUUCCCACCAUUCCGAAGUGAGAACAAUCUCCAGGAAGAUCUCUUCGACCAGAUCUUGGCUGGGAAGCUGGAGUUUCCGGCCCCCUACUGGGAUAACAUCACGGACUCUGCCAAGGAAUUAAUCAGUCAAAUGCUUCAGGUAAAUGUUGAAGCUCGGUGUACCGCGGGACAAAUCCUGAGUCACCCCUGGGUGUCAGAUGAUGCCUCCCAGGAGAAUAACAUGCAAGCUGAGGUGACAGGUAAACUAAAACAGCACUUUAAUAAUGCGCUUCCCAAACAGAACAGCACUACCACCGGGGUCUCCGUCAUCAUGUUUGAUUUGACAGUUUGAGAGGCACCUCAGAGUUUCCUUCUUUACCCCGCUGAGACAGUGGGAGAGCCUGAAGCAGAAUCCUGGUAUUCACCACGCUGCGUCCGACCAGCGCGCCCCAUCCUCAGCCCCUCUCACGCCUGCAUGCUUGUCUCAGUUUCUGAUGCCGCCGUCCGGCUCUCAGCUGCUUACUGGUGUGGGUCUUCUGUACCUACUCACAUCCUUUCCAGCCAGCCAAGCAGGCCCCUGGAAAACUUUAUUUUCAAACUUCUCAGCUUGCCACACUGCCUGCCUUUCCAGACCAACAGCUGGUGAGAGCACGGGAGGAGUCCCGUAGUUCUCCUGCCGAUGCUGUUUCCCACUUAGGUGAAAAGUGGCUUUUCGGAAAGAGCAGCUUAAGAUGGUGCCUUCGUGAAGGCUUUUGUUCUUUCUCCAGCUGCAUUUCCAAAGAUGAGUUUGUAUCAGUAAGUGUAAUCUCAGCCAGCCUUUGGGAUAAGAGAAGAUAAUUUAAUGGGUGAGGCCUUGGUUUCAGGCAGGGCUGAGGUGUGGGAUUACAGUUCCCAUUUUCUUGGACUUGUCCUUAGCAUGCAUAAGAAAGGACAGAGCAGGGUGCAUGCAGGACGGCCUCCCAUGUACCCCGGGGGGCUCGCCCCAGCUGCAGAGACCAGGAGAGACCAUCUUGUGGGAAGGGAAUGCCGAGAAGCCGCCGUCACUCGGCGCCUGUGGUGCAGACUUGAGAAGGGACGGAUUCAAGGGCAUUGCCUUCUUCGCUGCGGGAUUAUGCCUUGUUUCAGGGGGAAGUUGGGGAAGGAUUUGGGUUUAUUGCCUUAAUUUAAGAUAGACAAAACUGUUUCACUCGUGUUGCUUCUGUUGAAAGUAAGUCUAGUUUCUGUCCCUGCUUCUCUCCUGCCUUCUGCCUCUCCCGCCGCCUGCAUUGCUUCCCUCUGGCUAGGUCCAAGGUCAUGGUAUGUACUAACUGCACUGCCAGCCUGCCUUCUGCCACACACGCCCCUGUGCUUCUGACAGGAAGAGAAAAGGAGAAAUAACGGGGGGAUUGUUUUCUUGUACCCAGGAGACAUUUUGUGGUAGGAAAAACCUGUAUGCUGGCUCUCUGCUUCCCAUGUAGGUGGGAGCAUCUUUUAGUGGAGUUUUCCACAGUUACCCUUUCUCCAGGUAGUUGAAAUUGUCCUUGGAAAUUGUAGGGAUUUGGGGAGUUUUGUUUAUUGAGACAGGAUCUUGCUCUGUUGCCCAGACUGGAGUGCGGUGGUGUGAUCCUAGCUCACUGUAUCCUCAAACUCCUGAGCUCAAGCCAUCCUCCUGCCUCAGCCUCCAAGUAGCUAGGACUACAGGUGCACGCCACCAUGCCCGGCUAAUUUUUAAAUUCUUUGUGGAGAUGGAGCCUCUGUGUUGCCCAGGCUGGUCUCAAACUCCUGACCUCAAGUGAUCCUCCCUCCUUGGCCUCCCGAAGUGCUGGGAUUACAGGUGUAAGCCACUGCACCCGGCCAGAAAUGGAUGACUGUUCAGCUUGAACUUGGCAGAGCCUGUGGAGAAGCAGCCAUUCCAUAGGUGGCCCCAGGUGCCCUGGAGGCCGCCACGCAAGUUCAUCUUAGAAAGCCCUGUUGUUGAUUCUUAUUUUCUCCAGACUUUUUUUUUUUGUUGUUAAAGUACUGAAAGAAUCUCUAGUGCAUUUUCCCCUCUCCCUCCCCAGGGUAGUUAGAUUACAAAACGCCUCCUGGCAAUUGUCCCUUUCAGCUAAAGGUGCCUGGGAACUGCCAUCUCCUUCACUUUUGGGAAGCCCAUUGAGAUGGCAGCUUGACGGGCUUCCCUGGACAAGCAGGAAAUAGAGAAGGAGAAAGCAGGACCAGGGUCCCUUCCCCAGCCAGGCUUAGAACGCAAGGUGACUGCCUCACAUCUUUGUGGCUGUUUCUCUGUUCCUUGAAGAGCUGAGCAGAUUUAAAAACUUUCAGGAUGUUUCAGGAUAAGGAAGCUUUGCUUCGUGUGAAGAGAAGACAGGUGAGGAGAUCAUGGAGGAUCUGAAAAAAGAAUAAUGUGGCUCCAUCCAGUUGCUGGGCCUUUUAUAGGCUUCACAGCAUCUCAGGUUGUUAGGAGGAUUAAUUAUUCACAGGACAUGCGGGUAACUUUUCAAUCUGUGACAGAGUUUUAUUUGGAAGAGUAAACUGUCCAAGACUGAGCACCUUUGUAAGGUUUGCUUAUUGUCUCAGAAUUCUUUUGAGCUUAAGGUCUGGGCUUGGGCUGAAGGGGUGAGAACCCAGGCACAGCCCAAAGCGAGAGAAGACGACAGACAUCCAGUGUGUCCUGGGCUGCCAGCCUGGGUCAGGGUAGGAGCAGAGGCCAAGGACAGCCCCUUCCCCCGGUGGGUUCCCGAAACCAUUACUCUCCUGUGAGGCUUCUGUUAGAAGCUUGGCGUUAUUUCUCCUCUUCUGUUUCUGAGGCCCGUGCAUGCUCUGUCGUGCUCUCUGCUCGUGGCAGCUGGGACCCGAGCCUGGGCCCGGGUAAUGUGUUGUUGUCUCUGCUGUUUCCUCCUCAGAACACGGCUCUAGAUAAGGAGGGGCAGAUUUUCUGCAGCAAGCACUGUCAAGACAGCGGCAGGCCUGGGAUGGAGCCCAUCUCUCCAGUUCCUCCCUCAGUGGAGGAGACCCCUGUGCCUGGGGAAGCAGUCCCGGCCCCCACCCCUCCGGAAUCUCCCACCCCCCACUGUCCUCCCGCUGCCACGGGUGGUGAGCGGGCAGGAACCUGGCGCCGCCACCGAGACUGAGCCUCCUGCAGACAGGCGAAGCCGCCUGCUGCCGCCCAGGAAGCCAGCCCUCUGCUCGGCCUCGCCGGCCUCCCUGCUGCAGGCCUCCCUCUCUUCACCGCCUGCGCCUGAGUUCGCGGGUCCUCCGCAGGCCGCCUGGGAACCGGAGCCUGGCAUGCCGGAGCCUGGCCUGGUGCUCUGGGCUCUGCCUUCUGGUUCCUGGAGGCAUCAAAGGCUGCAUCCGUUCUGCCAACAGCUGUUCGGAGAGACUCAUUCCAGAUCAUCCUGUCAUUUUCAGUUUGUUGGACAUUUUACAGCUUCACCAGGAGAAUGUGCAACUUUAUUCCAGCAUUCGAUGCAUUUUUAUAGAAACACUUUGGAUGAACCAAGGCCUUUUCCUUAUUUAAGUAGACUCAGAACACUCCCUUUCUUUUCUUUUCUCUCUCUCUCUCUCUUUUUUUUUUUUUUUUUUUACGAAAGACUUAGAAUUGCAUUUGUCCUUUUGUGGGUGUCCUGUGAGAGGUGAUAUGGGGGCUAAGAGGACUGGCUUUCUAAUAGAAGAAGUGAGCGCCUGAGAGGAAGAUUUGGUCAUUGGACACGGAUUGCAGGCUUUGAGAAGCGCUCAGAGGCCCAGGGCAGCGGGCUCAGCCAUUCAGCUUGGGGCACCAGGCUCACCAGAGACAAUGCUCAGUAUUCAUUUGUACACAGACGAUGGAAGAAGCCACUUCUUCCCUGGGCGGUAUGGGUUUCCCCCAGCUCUUCCCACACGUGUGUUAGGAAAUGCCCGUGAACUUGCCCUCUGGGUUUUUUAAUGAGAGGCUUGGCGCAUGCGGCACCCAGCGGCUGCUUCUCUGCAAGCCAGCGACUUGCAGGGCAGCAGAAUGAGCUCUGCUCCUGAGCCCUGGUACCUGCUUCCUCACCUGCGUUUCAUCUGGAGCAGGGCAGGUAACCACAGGAGGAGGCAUGCCCGAGGCAGCCAGGACUGGGCGGGAAGGUGCUCCCUGGAUAUACUCUGUGAACCUUCUGGAAGGCUGCUGGCAGUUUUUCCUAUUUGUCCACCACCCUGCUCUUUUUAAUAAUUGUACAUAAUCCGUGUAUUUGUUUUACCUGCUCAUCUUCUAAACUGGUGAGCCCUAUAGUUCGUUCUCAUUGUUAGAUUUUGCCUUUUACAAGUGUCCCCAACCUGCAAUAAACUUUUCCCUCUUGAAAAAAAGUAA